AUGGCGGGCAGCCGGUGCAUUCUGCGGCUGCGCGCCGGCGCAUUUGCUUCUCUCGCUCGCCGCUCAGCUUGUCCCCAGUCCCGCGUGACUCCCUCCGCGCCGCCCACGCCUUUGGCGUUCUCCCGUGGCUCUCCGGCUUUCUCCGCUUCUGCGUCAGCUGCGCUGUUUUCCCCGUCCCUUUCCCUCCAGAGAGGCUGUCUGUCUCCUCGCGCACUCUCUGCGAUUUCCUCUUCACUUUCGUCUUCCGCGUCGAGCGCAGUCCGUCUUCUCCCGUCUUUUUCGUUCCCUUCCGCGCACGCGCUUUGCUCAUCGGCCUGCGGACUCCAGGCGCUGCUCGCGCCUUCCGCCCUCUCACCGCUCGCUCAGAGCCGCGGAGCAGACAGCAGCUGCGCCCCUCUUCUGCUCUCGCGGAGACUCUUCUCAGCGGCCUCGAAGCCGGCAGACGGCGGGGGAGACGUGAAGAAGCCGACCGGGACGGCGUCACCGCAGGAGGGCUCGCCGCGCGCGACGGCCUCAUCGUCCGCCGCUCCUUCCUCGUCUUCUUCCUCUGCGUGGAGCCGCCCGCCCCAGGCUUCUUCUGCCUUUCGCGCGGGCGCCAUCCCCUCGGGGUUCUUCGCGCGCUGGUGUUCUGCGGGCGCAGUCCUUCGCCUCCUGGGCAAGGCAUCCUCCUACGUCUUCUCUGCGCUCGUCAGGUUCACGAAAGCAUUCGCCAAGUAUUUGAAGCUUUUCAUCACGAAUCCGAUGAUUGUCAAAAAAUGGUAUAAAAAGGGAAAAGAAGGGGCGAUUCACACGUGGCGCUGGACUGUGACGGGCUUCAGUUUGUUCUACGCGAACGUGCGCGUCUCCUACCAACUCCUGAAGAAGAAGAUCCUGGGGCAUCCGCUUCGCUACAACGAACACAAGCUUCUUGUGCGGACGAUGGCGGACGCGAUGAAGCUGAUUCCGUUUUCGCUGAUGAUCAUCAUUCCGCUGGGCGAACUGCUGCUUCCAGUCGUCCUCCGGCUCUUCCCCAACAUGCUCCCCAGCACAUUCUUCGAAAAGCAAGUUGACAACGCGUAUCUGAGUCGCAAGCUGAAGGCGAAGCAGGAACUCGCAGCCUUUUUCCAGGAGCUCGUGCGAGAGCAUACCAAGAACAUCAUUGAGCAGGAGUCGAACGACGCGUUGAAGGACAAGGCGAAGGCGCUGAAGGAGUUCCAAGAAAAGCUGCUGCAAAAGGACCAACGCGACGUCGACCCGUUCCUCUCUGUCUCGGAGAUCCUCUCCUUCGCGCGCCUCUUUAAAGAAGAGUUCGUUCUCGAAAAAUUGGAUCUCCAGACCUUGCAGGUCAUGUGCAGACUGCUCGGGCUGCAGCCGUAUGGUAUGCGUAGCCACGUCGUGUUGCAGCUCAGAUAUCACCUCAAUCACAUCCACAGAGAAGACCGCGAGUUCAUGUGGGAGGGCGUCGACACGUUGUCGCACGACGAACUCGUGGAAGCCUGCAAAGACCGGGCAAUGAAGUUUCAUAAUAUCUCCGACGACGACAUGCGAGAGGAGAUGCGGCAGUGGCUCGCGAUUUCUUCUCACAAGGACAUUCCGCCGUUGCUGCUCCUUUGGUGCCGCUGCAUCAGUCUGACGCACUCUCACAUCUCGCCUCCAGUCCCCCUAGCGCCCGCGCCUGCCGCGACCGCUCCGGCUGCCGAGCCCGUCGCGCCGGCGCCCGUCGAAGCCGCGCGCGACGCCGUGCAGGAGACUGCCGAGGCGAGGCGGACCCGGGAGGCGGAGGCAGCAGCCGCGCAGGGCGGCGGCGCACCGGCGGACGCGCCUCCGCAGGCUGAAGAAGCUGCGACGACUGAGGCCUCCAAGGAGGCGCAGGCUGCGAAACUCGACGAGGAAGAUGCCGAAGAAGAAGAGAAAAACAAACGGAAAUCGGCGACCUUGGAGGCGAUGGAGCGGCAGGUGCAGCUGCUGCGCGCGGAGGAGGAGAUGCUGCGCGAGUCGGUCCGCCUCCUGCAGGAGGAAGAAGCGCAGCGCCAGCGGCAAGCUGAGCAGGAGCGGGAGGCGAAGGCGGCGGCUCCGUCGCCCGCGGCCGAAGAGGCUGCGCCGACGCCUGCCUCCUCGCCGCUGUCGGCCGUCGACUUGCUGCUGCGUGACGACUUGGGAGGGGGCGGCGGCGCGCAGCCGGAGGCGCCACCCGGCGAGCCGACGCGCGCGGACGCGGAGGAGAAGGCGCGCCUCGCGGAGGAGCGCAGCGAGCGCACUGAGGCGCGGGGCGCCCGAAGCGCUGCACGAGUGGAGCCGCCGCAGGUCGAGGGCAGCUGCGACGCAAGCGCAGACUCCGCAGGCGGCAGAGAAGCCGCGCCGACGCUCGACGCCCCGCCCGCCGCCUCCACGGCCUCGUCGCUGUCCGAAGAUGGCGCCUGUGGGAUGAGUGAAUCUGAGGCUCUGGCGCUUCGCACGCGGCGCAUGGAGAUGGAGCUUCGCCUCCUUCGUCGGCUGGCUGAUGUGCAGCACCAGCAGCAAGAGGAAGCGUUUGGCGCGUUGAGCCGCGUGCUGGAGGUCGCGCAGGCCUACAGGCUGCACCAGGAGGUGCUUGAGCGUACUGCGCUGCAGGAGAAGGAGGUGUUGGAGAAGCUGAAGCAUGCGGAGCAAGAGCCUCCGCCUCCGCCGGAUGCCAAACCCGAAGAGCAGCUGAAAGCGCAUGAGGAGGCGGAAAAACGCCAUCAGGAGCAACGCCGUCAGAUGAGCGACCCAGAGGCGUCCUCGACGCAGGCGCGCGCAGAAUUUAUUCAAGCGAUCGCCUCGCUCGAGGCUAAAGUGCAGGCAGUGAUCGACACUUUCGCCAGCGCGGUACAGGAGGUCGACGAUCUGAUGCGCGACGCCAAGAGCCUACAACAUGACGAAGGAGAUCCCACGUUCUUUCCUGAGGACUCUGAGGCAAAGACCAUACUUGGUCAGUCUCUCGUCGCCGCGCCCUUCGCCUCGCUGCACGUCGCGGCGACUCCGGCGGAAACACCUGCCGCCACGUCCUCUUCUUCCUGCGCGCCCUCUUCUUCCUGCGAGUCAUCUUCUUCGCCUUCCCCUGAUUCGCGCGAAGAAGCGCAGGCAGUCACGAGCAAGGCGUGUGAGGAGUUGAAGGGCAACUAG